UCACCAUCACACCCGCCACAGAAGGAGAGAGGGGGAAGGAAAGAGAGCGAGAGAGAGCGAGACAGCGAUCGAGAGACCUACACUAACACAGGGAGAGAGGGCUUUAAAGGCACAGAGUCGUGCCUCUCUGUGACAGACUGAGGCAGAACAUAGAACAAACACAAUCGUUUUUGUUGAAAAACAACAUCGAAGUCUUCGUUAGUUCUCCUUGCUUACUAACGUCUGUUUUUCCUCCACAUCUUUGUUAUCGUCACAACAACCCUCGGUAUUUUUAUCGUGGUCUCGUCAGGACGCUUCACAGUUCCCAUCAGGUGACGAUCUGGAUUAUUUUGGACCACAUUCUCUUGGUCGUUUUUUAAAUGUUAUCAAUGUUUUGUUUUUCAUUUUUCUUGAAGACGUUGAUCAGCGAUGGCCCAGGAGACAAACCAGAGUCCAGGACCUAUGCUGUGUGCCACAGGUUGUGGUUUUUACGGCAACCCACGGACCAAUGGCAUGUGCUCUGUCUGUUAUAAGGAACAUUUGACCAGACAGCAAAGCAGCGACCGCAUGAGCCCGCUCAGCCCAAUGGCAACUAGUCCUACCUCAGAGGCCUCUGCCAUCCACAGACUAGAGGCCGGUCUAGCCAAGGUUGAAUCGCCUUCUGCCUCCUCACCCGACACAUCUAGAAAUGUUCAAGGAUUUCUUCCUGUGACUCAACAAAUGACAGAGAUGAGCAUCUCAAGAGAAGAAAAACUAGAACCCGUAGAGCCAGUUGUUAGCCAGCCUCUUGCCACUGCUUCUAGCCCAACUCCAAUAGUCUCUUCGACCAGUGAAGAAGGCAAGAAUGACGCCUCCAAACCCAAGAGAAAUAGGUGCUUCAUGUGCUGCAAAAGAGUGGGACUUACCGGAUUUGACUGCCGCUGUGGUAACCUCUUCUGUGGCCUCCAUCGGUACUCUGACAAGCACAACUGUCCCUAUGACUACAAGGCCGAAGCUGCUGCCAAGAUCCGCAAAGAGAACCCUGUGGUGGUGGCCGACAAGAUCCAGAGAAUAUAAAUCUGACAUUAGGAGACACAAGGCUAAGUGAAGAUCAAAAGGACUAGAUACACAAUAUUACACAACCUCAAGAAAAUAGUGGGGUGGGGUGAAAAAAUGAUUCUGUUUGAUAUGCAUGAAUGAUCAUACAGUAUGAGUAGAAUGAAGUAUUGGCCCUGUGCAUCCCUAGUCACUGUUCUUUGGUAUAUAUAUUAUUAAUCAUUUUUAUUUUGAUUAAUGUUAGUUGAUUUAAUCCUAUUUCUGUGUUGUGAUUAAUGUUUUGCAGCUGUUGAGACUCUUUUUAAUGUGUGUUAUCAGAAGAAACUCAGACCAGCUGUCUAGGUUUGCUCUGCUCCUCUCACUUAAACCAGGCUCCAUUUUGUGCCAAAAUGUAGACCCUGCCAUGUGUCAGACAUCCUUGUAAAUCAGCUGCUCCAGGAUUCAUCCUUGAUCAAGUAACACUUUCACAGUAACUCACACAGUGAUUGUAUGCACACACUCUGUCCUAUUGAACUAUUUUGUGUUCAUGUACAGAUACUGGUACUGAACGCCCGGUGUGCACAGGGUGUUUGGUUGCUUUUGUCUUUACAGUCUAUACCUACCUCAUAGCUGCUGUGUUGAACUUUGUUGUCUUCCUGUUUACCAUGUUUUCAUUGGGUUUGACUUUAGAAACGGAUGAUCAUCUCUAUCUUCUAUGAUCAAUACAGAUUCAUCUUUCCCACCUGUGAAUCUGCAGCAAAUGAAAACCGUUUCCAACACUGGUAACCAUGCAGACUGUUUACUCUGGAAAGAUUCUAUGAUAUUAUAUGAGUAGGUCUCAACCUGUACAAUUGCUUGUACAAGGAACUCAGGACAUAUGAAUGAGGGCCAACUCCUCAUCAUAUUUGUCAUAAUCGAAAAAGAAACUCAAGCUCAUUCACACAAAUGUUCAGCUACAGACUGACCCUGUCCCACAGUUAAAUACAAAUAAUAAAUGGAAGGACAGAAAGGAUGAAGGGAGUCUGAUUAGAAGAGUCUGUUUAAUAUCAUGGCUGUAUUUGUCAUACUGCUUGUCAGAGUAAUCUAUGUUACUAAUAACUUCUUAGUAGUUUUUUUUAUAUAUAGCAGGCUAAAGGUUGUUCCUCCAUCGGUCCUGAUAGUAAUCUGUUUUUCUGUCACAUAUCAAAGCAUUGAACUAAAUUAUAUUUUCAAGGAACUUCAGUCACCAAUCACAGUGGUUACAUGUGUCCACAAAUAGGUCAGGUUUUUGCAGAUUAAUCCUCAGAUGUGUGACAAAAUGUACACUAAGUUCAUUCCAUCAAAUAUUGCACAAAUGCUACACAAAAGUGCCCGGACUUCCUUGAUUAUGACUGAUGGUCUGUCAGUCAGGAGUCUACCUUGGAAAAAAGUCAAACGUUCACAAGCUAAGUUUUCACAAAAGUAUUGUGCUUUCAUGUUCCGUAAUCCAUCAUAAAGGGAGGUUUUUAAUGGUAAAGGCAGGGAUUAUUUCUAAGGUGAUUUUUUUUCUGGUAUCUUAGUAUGGUUCCUGGUUCAUUUGGCAGACAUUCACACUUCCUGGUACUGUCCUUCAUUCCUGGUGAUAACAUGCUUUGUUUGAAGCCCAGCUCUGCCUGAACCAAUACACAGCCUGAGAGGAGGAACAGCAGCCUUCCUGACAGGCCUGGUCGGUAAUUUUAGAUUUUGUAAGAGAAAUCUCAUCAUCACUUAUCCUAGGCUUUCAGAUUAUUUUAUUUGCUGAGCAACAAUUAUGUUAUCUUUUUUCAUUGAUGUUAAACUGAUGUCUCUGUGUGUGUCUGUUCACAUGUACAGUAGGUGUGAAAGCCCGGUUUAUCAGCACAUUUUUACAGAAAUACAGAAGCAUGCCAGAGCUAGACUUACAAAAAUGUAGAUUUGAAAUUCUCAUUCGUCCAAAAACCAGAUGGCAAAAUGACUACAGAAGCCUUCAGGGCAGGUCCACAGGGUGGGACUUGAUGAGAGUCUACACAAACAGAUGAGAACCCUACACUUUUCAGAUCUGCUUAGUAAGCACCAAAAGUAGUCCAGAUAAAUAUGAGCCUUUUAAUGUGUAAAUGCAGAUGGACUCUGGACUGAAUUUAAGGAUUUGGAUUCACAACAUUAAUCUGCCUGAAGACUUCUCUGGACAGUUUGUCAUCUGGUCAGCUAUUGUUAAGCACUGUUAAAAAGGUGUUAGCUAGUGUGUUUGGAUUUGGGUGCAUGUCCCUGUGCAGAUGUGUGUUUGAUGGCUGCACUCUGACAUGGGAAAACCUGUUAGUAUGUAUGUGACUUGUGUUUAACUCCUGUUUUUAUUUUAUUUAAUCUCUGUAAGGAUGUGAGUGUUUUUCAUUGAAAUGGUAAACUGUAUGUAUCCUUUUGAGGUUUUCUCAGUUAUAUGCAAAUUUGUACAAAAAAGAGAAAAAAAUAAACUGUCAAUAUUUAUGUAUUACGGAUAAUCUUGCCACCCAGCAUAAAACAGAAUAGU